AUGGAGUCAGCCACCCGUGGCCGAUCAGCCGCCGCGGUCGACGACGUCGGCGACGGCCGCUCCUUUCCCGAUCCCCCGCCUCCGCACGGCAGAGACACUUACUCGGCAUUGCCAGACAUGGCGGCACUGGUAUUCAGGAGGGAGCAGCUACUGCAGGAGCUCCACAGGGAGCGCAUCCGCCAUGACAUGAUCAUGUGCGAGCUUGCCGAAACAGAGCGUGUCAUGACUGCAUGCUUAGCGGGGCGGGGCUCUUGGCAUGGAAGGCUGUUGAUGACUCCAUGGGAACAGACAAUGUACCGCACGUCGCGGUCAACCGAGGAAACUUCUUGGUGGCACAAGAGUCCCUCGGUGCCAGCGAUAGCUCCUGUUUACCCACGUGUCGAAAGGUCGCCGUCACCACUGCUGCAGCCACGGCCAGUUGAUAAUGCUCAGAAGGAAGAAUGUGGCAGGCCACUGGCAGUAGCUCCUUCAGCUCCUCCUGUUUUCGAGCAAUGCCCGUCACUGAGCAAGCAGCCUUCUGUGCCAGAAGCUUUGGUACCAACUGCAACUAGUGUCGUUGCCAAACCGUCACAGCCGGCAUUCUUUAGCAAGGAGGUGAUACAAGAGAGCCGAAGUGCUGUUGAUCAUGAACACGGAGCAGAAGUGAAGGCCAGAAAUGGCAUACAGCUGUUGCAGAGCGGUAUUCAGAUAAGUGAACAAUUAAAGCGUGCAGCCAUAGAUCAGGAACACGAAGAAGAAGCAAAGAACACGCAUUCCGUGCAGCUGAUGGGCCGUGAAGUUCAGAGAAGUGAACAGCCAACGAAUGCAGCUGUUGGUGAGAGAUGCAUAGUAGAAGCAAAGGAUAGCUGUGGCAUACAGCUAAUGGAGUGUGAAAUCAAGAGUGAACAGCUAAAGCGUGCAGCAAUUGGUCAGGAACACGAAGUAGGCACACAUGUCAGACAUGUGGUGCAGGUGACGGAGAGCCAAUUCCGGGGAACUGAACAGGCAAAGCACGGACCCGUUGAUCAGAAACAUGAACAAGAGGUGAAGAGCCAUGACGUACAGCUGAUUGAGAGUGAAAUCCACAAAAGCGAAGAGCCAAAGCGUGAAGCCUUUGGUCAGGAGCAUGAAGCAGAAGAGAAUGACAGACAUGUUGUGCAGCUACCAAAGAUCAGUGAACAGCCAAAUCUUGCGGAGCCCACUAUCAAAGAUCAUACCGAAAAUGAACGGAGGCAAUUGCCUCAACAUUAUGCUCUGGCUGGCAAGGCGAAAUCUCUACCUAAUGAGCAGAGGAGACCAGGGUUCAACAAGCCUGAUACCGAAAUCACGCCCAGUGGGGUGAAAGGGAGACAGGUUUUGGCACAGAAUGUGGAAGCUCCGCCACCAAAGAGGCACAAGCCAAGUGAAGAAUGGAGUUGCACCCACUGCCAAGUGAGGCUGACCUGUCAAGAGGACUUAAUGCGGCACCAAGCAGGCGACCAACACCGGUUGAACGUCGCAGCGUUGCAAUCAAGGCAGGAACCUUUGGAGGUUACCGCAAAUUCAACAGCUGAAUCUUAUCGUGUGCCCCAGUUUCUCAAGAGAUUGGUGCGCCCAACCCUCCACAAUAACUUGGAGAAUAGUGAAGCGCAGAAGGCCAAACGAGCCUCUGGAUUCGACUUGCACAACCAUUUCAGGGGCAGGAGUCACCAGGAGAACACGCAUGCCGUUGCACACAAAAGAAGGACAGAACCAUUCCAGGGGCAUGGUCACCAGGAGAGCACACAGGCAUUGCACACAGAAGAAGGUGGCAAGGAUGGGAGCAAGCGUGCCGCUGACGGCACGGGCACUGAAGAUCGAAGGAAGAAAUUCGUGACCGAGAGAAGUUCGUGGCCCUUCUGUGAGCUCUGCAAAGUGCAAUGCAACAGUGCGAAGAUGAUGCUCUCGCAUCUCAGAGGGAAGAAACACCGGGAGAAUCUUCAGGCACGCCACUGAUAGUUGCAGUUGCAUACAGUGGCUGUUCGUGGGGAAGUCGCUUGCUUCCUGUACCACGGUUUGGUCUACGACUGACAUGUCAAUCUGCAGAUGGUAUUACCGCGGUCAACUGUAUUUCGCAUGCCCAGUGGUUGCAUUGGAGUCUCUUUUUUGUGAAUAAGUGAAGUCUCAGGCUAUGUGUAUGUCUUGUGUCCC